AUUCUUGCGGGGACACUGUCAUCCUUGAUGCCACGGAAAGGGGAAGGCCAUCCCUCUUUUGUCCGUGGAUCAUUCCUCGGGACUGGCACCGCAGCCUUUCCCUGCCUUUGGGGUUGCCAUUCGCAGAUGGAGGAUUGCCCCUUUUGAAACCAAGGGAAAAUUCUUCCGAAAUACCCGCCGGCAUGGAAACCCGAACCUUUUUCCAGCGAAGGGAAGAGGAGCAAAAGGAAGAGAGGCACCGAGAUCUGCAAAUGACCUCCAGAACAAGAAAAGCCAAGUUCAAGACAAGUGAGGAAGAGGAAGGCUUCACAGCUUCAGAGUUAUCCAUCGCAUCCGCUCUUGCGUUGACAUCGGAAGUAUCAUGGGAAACCCGGAUGAGACGGGAGGCUGCCAUCCUGAAGCUGGAGGAGAGGGGACAGAUGCAGGUCCGUUUUGGGAACGACAUGGAAAAGUUGGAGAAAGAGGUCAUUCGCAAUUGCCGGCUCUUGCGUGUGAAGGCAGACCGGAAGGCCCUGCGGAGAAAGGCGGAAGCCAAGGCUCAGAUGGAAAAGGAGGUCAUGGAGCUGCUGUCCUGCCGGGCGCCUAUGUUUUGGAUCCCGCUCCGGGCUCAUGUCGUUUGGGAAAGAAUGAGCGUAAAACUGGAAUGUACUGUGUUGGCUUCCCCUUUGCCCACUGUGACUUGGUAUAAAAAUGGAGUUCGGAUUGACCCCCGUUUCAGUCCAGCUGGGAAAUACAAGAUGAAAAAUGAGUUUGGGAUGCUGACCUUGGACAUUCGCAGGUGCUCCUUGGACGAUUCUGCAGAAUACAGUGUUGAGGUGAAAAACCCAUAUGGCGAGGCUUACUCCUUUGCUACGGUCCUUGUCCGAAAAUAUUACGGGAAGAAGUCUGGAUUUGACUCAGAGAUAUACAAAAAGUCACUAAGAGGCUUGGAGGCAGACUUUGCCACCACUUUGAAACACGUCUUUUCCCGCGAGAAGGAGCCAUUCACUCUUUUCUGUUCCUUUACAAUGGAUUUGCUGGAGCACCAACGGGAUGUCUGCUGGUUCAGAGACGGAGAGCUGCUGAAAGAUUCGGACCGGAGGAAAAUCCGCUGUGAAGACCGUGAGGCUUCCCUGGCCGUACCUUGUGCUUACAAAGAGGAUGAAGGGUUUUACAGCAUCCGGAUCCCGAUGCAAGACGGAUACAAAGAGCAACGAGCUUAUGUCUUCGUUAGGGAUGCUGAAACUGAAACGGUUGGAGCUCCUGGGUCACCUCUUUGUGUGAAAUGCCUUGAUGUGAAUAAGAACAGCCUGGUGCUGUCUUGGAUCCCGCCCAGCGAUAAUGGAGGAAGCCCUGUCCUUGGCUAUUUUAUAGAAAGGUGUAAACUGGACACAGACGAGUGGGUGCCGUGCAAUGAAGCACUCGUGAAAACCUGCCGGUCUCCCAUUAUAGGACUCAUUGAAGGAAAGACGUACCAAUUCCGAGUGAAGGCAGUCAACUGCGCGGGGAUCAGCCACCCAUCCAAGUCCAGCGAUCCAGUGACGAUGACCGACCCCAAUGAGGCCAAAAGAUUGAUGAACAUCCGUUAUGACGAUGGGAUGCGGACCAUCACCGUUUCCAAAGAUGAACUGGAGCCAAAGAUCAAGAUCCCUCUGCCGCCCACCAAUGUCCAUGCCAGUGAAGUCCGGGAAGAUUAUGUGGUCCUUUCUUGGGACGAGCCAGACCCCAGGGGCCAAGAGCCACUGAGUUAUUUUGUAGAGAAGUCCAUUGAGGGCAGCGACUGUUGGCAGAGGGUUAAUCUUGACACUCCGGUCAAUUCAACAACCUUGGCUGUCUUUGACCUGGCCAAAGGGAAGUCCUACCGUUUCCGCGUGCGAUCAGUGAACAAGUAUGGAGUCAGCGAGCCUUCGUUGCCCAGUGAACCCAUCUCAUCUGGCGAAAAAAUAGCUCCCCUGCCUCCGCCAUCUCAGGUUCUGGCCUUCAGAGACACUGACACGUCUGUUCUUGUCCAGUGGAGCAAGCCCAAGGAGGGUGAGGAAGAGCCCCUUGGCUAUUACGUAUACAGCCAGGAGGUUGGGACAGACGAAUGGCAGACGGUCAACAACAAGCCCCUUAAGUGUCACGAGUUCGUUGUUCCGGGGCUCAAAACCGGCAAAGAGUAUAUCUUCUGCGUGAAAUGUGUCAAUGAAGCAGGAGUUGGCGACAGGUCCCCUGAGUCUGACCCCAUCCUUGCCAGACAGGCCAUCUCUUGUCCAUCUCCUCCUCGGGACUUUGCUUUGCUGAACUGCGGGAAGAACAGCAUGACCAUUGGCUGGAAGCCCCCAAAACGCAAAGGAGGCACAACUAUUCUGGGCUAUUUCCUGGAUCAGCAUGAUGUGGCCGAGAUCGAUUGGCAUGAGGUCAACGUGAAGCCAAUCCCAGAACGGGUUUACACGGCUGACAACCUGACCAACGGGCGCUUCUACGAGUUCCGUGGUUACGCCAUGAAUGUGGUUGGGGUUGGAAGUGUAUCUGAACCCAGUGAUGUUUUCAAGUGUGAAGAAUGGACAAUGCCAGAGCCAGGCCCUCCCUAUGAUGUAAGGUGUUCUGAAGUGCGAGACACGUCUCUCAUGGUCCAUUGGGAGCCACCUUUGUACACCGGAGCAGGCCCCAUCAUUGGAUAUUUCGUGGAGGCCUGUGAGGAGGGAUCAGAUACCUGGGAACAACUCAACAAGGAGCCAAUAAACAGCACCCACAUGAAGCUUUCUGAUCUGGAGACAGGAAAGAGCUACAUUUUCCGAGUGCGGGCCAUGAACAAGGCAGGGAUUGGUCCACCAUCUUUGCCAUCAGAUCCUGUCAUAGUAAAAACCAAACCAGGUACUAAAGAAAUUGAACUUGGGGUAGACGAAGAAGGGUUUAUCUACAUGGCCUUUGAGGCCCCCGAAGUAGUGGACACUUCUGAAUUUAUGUGGUCCAAGGAUUAUGAAGGGCCUCCGAAACCAGACCGAGUCCAAGCUGUCGAUAAAGAUGACAAAUCUAAGCUCAUCCUGAAAUAUGCCACCGAAAGGGACCUGGGAACCUAUUCAGUGGAAGUAACUGACACCGAUGAAGACAUCUCCGCCAGUCACGUUUUGACCGAGGAAGAACUGGACAAGCUCCGGAAGAUCAGCCAUGAGAUCCGAAACCCCUUGAUCGAGUUGAUAUCUGGAUGGAACAUCGAUGUGCUGGAGAAAGGGGAGGUCCGGCUCUGGCUGGAGGUUGAAAAGCUCUCUCCGGAGGCAGAGCUUCACUUGAUCUUCAAUGGGAAGGAGCUUUCAAGCACCCCAAGCCAUAAGAUCGAUUUCGACCGAGCCAAAGGCCUGGUAGAACUGACCAUCCAAGACUUCUCUGAAGAUGACAAAGGGACUUACUCUGCCCAGCUGAAGGACGGCAAGGCAGAAAACCAGUUCACUUUGGCUCUGGUUGGAGAUGAUUUUGAUAAACUGAAAGCGGAAGCCGAUGCCAAAAAGAAAGAUUGGAAGAGAAAACACGGACCUCAUUUCAUUGAGCAACUGCAGUGGAAGGUUACUGAGGACUGCGAGGUCUUGCUGACGUGUAAGGCAGCAAACAUGAAGAAAGACAGCGUCUUUCAGUGGUUUUUCGAUAACAAAAACCGCUCAGAUGGCCAAUACGAUCCAAAGACAGGUGACGGACUCCUACGGAUUAAGAAGAUAUCCAAAGCAGACAAAGGAGUAUACAAAGCAGUCGUUUCUGACGACAGAGGACAAGAUACGACUCAACUGGAUCUUUCCAAGGAAGCCUUUGAUGACAUCCUCAAAGAACUUGCCAGGAUCAGCAUUCUUUCUGCCUCACCUUUGAAAGUCCAACCAACCCCAGAAGGCAUCAAGAUCGACAGCGAGGUGAAAUGCUACACAGAUGCCAUGAAAGCCACAUGGGAUCACAAUGACAAACGUGUGGAAGGAGGGGACAGGCUGAAAACGGGGACCACCAUGGACCAAGUCUGGAUCCACAUCCUGGACCCCAAGGAAUCCGACAAAGGCAAAUACGAUUUGGAGUUAACGAAUGGGACUGAGUCACGCAAAUUGUCGACUGACCUGUCUGGGAAAGCUUUUGAUGAUGCACUGGUUGAACAUCAAAAAUUCAAACAAGCCGCUGUUGUGGAAGAACACCGAGCCAAAGUUGUCCGUGGCCUUCCAGAUGUUGCCACCAUCAUGGAGAAUAAGACCCUCUGCUUGACGUGCAUCAUCUCUGGUGACCCGUACCCAGAAAUCACUUGGUACAAGAACGAGAAAGCCAUCACUUUCCAGGACCGGUACCGGAUGGAUGUGAAAGGGACGGUCAUCACCAUCACCAUCGAGAAUGUCAGCAGCGAAGACACGGGGAAGUUCAGCAUCCACGUCAAGAACAAGUGGGGCUCCGAAACAGGGAAGGUGACCGUCAGCGUUUACAAGAGGGGAGAGGAGCCCAAGGAGAUCCGGGAAGAGAUGGCGGCCAAGGGAGCCAAGGCGUAGCUCCGAAACCCAGAGCUCACCUUCUGAACCGCAUGAAAGCAUCACUCAGAAGUUGGUUUUCUUUCCUUGUGUGCAGAGUGUUUCCUACCUUCACUUCCAAGAAGCCACUAUCAGAUGGGAUGGGAAUCAUGUUGUACUCCUGACAUGGUUGGAUUGCAGUUCCCUGCAAAGAUGAGGAAUGCAGGGGAUUGUAGUCCAAUAACUUCAGGAGGGUAAUAUAACUCCCACCCCCGCUGUAUUCACGUCUAAUUCCAGAUACUUUCUUCCACUGCCCCGUUAUCUCCUGGAUGAUUAUGAGAGUACUUGAUACUCAAGAUCAACACAUGUAUUUGGCACUGAAUUGGAAACUACCACAAUCC